AUGGCCAGCUCUAGUGGGACGUAUAACCCCGCGCGACCAAAGCGCGCUGGCGAGCAGUUCACGCGAACCCACCACAUGGACGGCGACGAACCAUCGACCAAGAAACCCCGCUUCGACCCGCGUAACCCUUCUACGCUCGCUCCGGAUGCAGACGACGAAGAAGACCCUGCACUUGAGGCUGACGUUAUAGGAAAAGGCGCAGGUAUCAAGCGGAACGCGGUGAACAUCGACGGCUACGAUUCCGAUAGCUCUACAGAGAACUUCGAGGCGCGCGCAGAGGCCCGACCCAACAAGGACGAGCCACCAAAGACCGAAGACGAUGAUGACGACAUGUUCGCCGAGGAGGACAAGGACGAUGACAUGGACGAGGAAUCACGGAGAGACCAGACAAAGAAGAAGAAGCUGCGAUUCCUGAACGAUGACGAGAUCGAAGGUCAGGAAGCGAACAGCAAGUCUGGGGGUCACGUAGCUGUCGAUUUCACCAAAGGUCCAAAGAGCAGGACUGAAGACGUAGAGAGCAGCAGCGACGAAGGAGAUGACGAGCUUCGCGACCAGGUCGAUCCUGAAAUGGACAAGGAGCUGGGAGCAGGCAGCAAAAAGAAGCAUGCGCCCAAAUUAGAUGCUUUCAACAUGAGUGCCGAGCAGGAAGAGGGUCGAUUCGAUGAAGCUGGAAACUUUGUGCGCAAGGCCUUCGAUCCAGAAGCUGCCCAAGACUCGUGGUUGGACGGCAUAUCGAAGAAGGACAUCAAAAAGGCAAAGGAAGCGCAGGACAAGCUGGACGCUGAGCGAAAGGCCCGGGAACGAGCCGAAGACUCCAUCGUCACCAGUGAUGUUCUGUCGACUCUCAUCGCACAUCUGGACGUCGGCGAGACGCCUAUGGAAGCUCUCGUGCGAUACGGCAAGGCAGCACCGAAGAAGCCAGCCAAAAGCUGGACUAAGAAGAAGAAGAGCCAAGCUAUGGAAGUCGAUUCGGAGCCGUCGCAAGACCCUGCAGCCAUCAAGGCAAAGGAGGUCAUCGAUUCUAUAACCGAAUGCGCGAGCCGGCUAUCUGAUCGCGGCGUCGAGGACAUCUACGAGCUUCCCCGCGAAUCCAUCAUGCGACAGUACAAGCGUGAGACCGGAGAAGACUGGAAGAACCCAAAUCCGGAGACAGUGCAGUGGGAGUUCCAUUGGCUCAAUGCACCCGAAGGUGAGAUUAACGGGCCAUACGACCAGGCGACUAUGCAAGCGUGGGAGGCAAGUGGACAGUUUGCAGCAGGUGCCGAGUUCCGACGCGUUGGCGAGACCGAAUUCUCGCGAUUGCUCGACUUUGAGGACUGA